CCUCCUUCCUUCCAUCCCUCCCGCUGCCGCAUGGCCGAGGCUGCCGGCUCUCCGCGCCGCCCCGCCGCGGGCAGGUGCGGGGCGAGCGGCGCGGCGGCGGCCCGAGCCCGCUGGCGGCUGCUCGGACAGGUUCUGAGGAAAAAACACUUGAAGGAUGUGCAUCUCCAACAAGUAUCUGUCAGAAGGUUUGCAUCGUUCAAUCUCUUUUCAAUAGAAGACCAGAAUGCAGAAGAGGAAACUGGGACCUGGGUUCAGUAUAGAAGCGUCUUUUAUCCCAAGUACAGUGUCUCCUUAAGAUUUCACAGUGGCCUCUUAAAUGUUAAAGAUGUUCUUACAAGUUUUGACAACACGGGGAAUGUCUGUCUCUGGCCAUCUGAAGAAGUGCUGGCUUACUACUGCCUCAAGCAUAAUGAAAUAUUCAGGGACCUUGCUGUGUGUGAGCUAGGGGGUGGCAUGACAUGCUUGGCUGGGCUCAUGGUUGCUAUUUCUGCAGAUGUCAAAGAAGUUCUGUUAACUGAUGGAAAUGAAAAGGCCAUCAAAAAUGUAGAUGAGAUCAUCACAAGGAACCAAAAUGCCGGAGUAUUUAAGGCUAAGAAGGUGUCAAGCUGCAUUUUACGAUGGGAUAAUGAGACAGAUGUCUCUCAACUGGAAGGACAUUUUGACAUUGUUAUGUGUGCUGACUGCCUGUUUCUGGACCGGUACAGAGCUAGCCUUGUUGAUGCAAUAAAGAGAUUACUCCAGCCCAGUGGAAAAGCAAUGGUAUUUGCUCCACUCCGAGGGAAUACUUUAAACCAGUUUUGCAAUCUAGCUGAAAAAGCUGGUUUCUCUAUCCAAAGACAUGAAAAUUAUGAUGAACACAUUUCGAACUUCCACUCCAAGUUGAAAAAUGAAGAAAAAGAUACAUAUGAGGAAAACCUCCAUUACCCUUUUCUUCUCAUUUUAACCAAACAGAGAUAGAAGAUUACACCUUUUUUUUUAAAGAUGGACUGCUGAAAAUUAUUCCAUGUAUGUGGAUGGUCAGGCAAUGUGGAAUGUUCAUUUUCCCCCAUUUAUGUCCCUGAAUCAUCAUUGGGGAAAUAUUUCUAAUCUAAAUGCUGAGAAAGUUAUUGUAGCUUGUUUUGCAGAGUAUAAACAUUGAGACAUCUUUUUUUUUGUAUAAUUUUAGAAGUUAUUUUUCCAAUUAUAUUCCAGCCUUAAACUGAUUGGACUUCACAUGUAUGCAUUAACAAAGGUGCAGAGCUGGCUUCUUUCUCUUUUGUGCCUUUAAACUUGCAUGUACUUUGUUGAUCUCUUUAAAUGCUAUUUUGAGGUGUAUUUGAAAAUAUAUGGAUAAUAUACUUUGUGGGCUUAGAUAAUUGGUUGUAAAGAAGUGAAUGCAUUGACACUUAAUUAGUAAGGAAAUAGUUGUCUGAAGAUCUUCUUAAAGUGCACCUAUUGAAUGCUUGUAUUUUGCUGCCUUUUUAUUUUUUUAAUUCCACUGUUGAUUUUUCUAUCCAUGGUUGAAAUGUCCUCAUUUGCUUUAGUGUUGAAGGCUCCUUUUCUAUAUGUGUGUAUGUAUGUUUUUUUCCAGCAGGACUUUUCCUCCUGUAGAUGUAUAAGAAAUUAUGCAUCAGACAAAAGCCUCAUAAACUGACCAUUUGUCCUUUGGACACAAUAGCCUGCCCAGCCCCUCUGCUCCUCCUCUCCAAUUAUGUGUGAUUAGUCUCAGUGUGUUGUGUCAAGAAGGGGGAGUGUGCUGAGUGCUUAUUAUCUGUUUAGGUACAAGAAGAGCACAUUUAGGUUCUGACUAUGAAUGGAAAGUGAGUCUUUAUCAAGACUAAAAUCUAAAUGCUACUAUCCUAGAAAUUGCUUUCAAAAAACACAUGCUUUUUUUUUUUAUAAAUUCCAAGAAACACUGUAAGAACUAAAGGAUUUUAUAAUGUAAUCAAACUAUCUCCCUUGAAAUAGUUUAUAUUGUGAUAUAUUGUGGCCCAUAUAUUUGAUAUACACUUAAUGUGAUUUUUCUUGUACUGGAAAAGACAAAAAUCCUACAAAAAACCAGGAGCAGUAUCUGAUUUCUUAACAGUUUAACAGACUGUUUUAAUGACUUCUCAGUAGCAGUCUUUAAACCACAACACUUUUAAAAUGUUGUAAAAAGAGAGAGAGGCAGAGACCAUGACUGAGAGAGGAAGGGACUAGCUGCAAGCAAGUGUAGAGAAUCCUGCUGAAAUACAUUAAUUCAAAAAAUUGCAAUUUGACAAUAAGCAUUCUUCCAUACUCAACUCAUUGGCCAGCAUGUAAACCACAAGCUCCUGAAAGUCUCUUGCUCUUCUGCUUCUUCCCAAAUAAAUUUCUUCACUACCAGUUUGCACGUCCUUGUAUUCAGUACUUUUUAUGCUCCAUUAGAGCACCUAGAUGGAUCUCAGAAGGCAUAGGUCAAGUCGCAGUUAGAUCAUACAUUUCUUUCGCACAAAAACUUGAAUUGCAAUGCCAAGUGAUGGGCUAACAUCACAAUAACAGC